UUCAGCUUUGACAUCAAUCAGAAACAAACAUGGCGACCUUGUGGUACAUGUUUGUUUGUUUCUGUUGGUGGUCUUUAGUAAAUAGUGAUGUUUUACAAGAAAAUUUAUCGAACAAAUCAGAAUCUCAUUCUUCCGAAAUCUCGGCAGUGUUAAAUCACCUGAAUUCGUCUCCUUUCAAGGUGUACAACUACAACAAAGCAACCCUCCUAAAUGCGCAGACAAAGGCUGAUAUCAUCGAAUUAAUUCUCGACAUAGAUGUGGAUUGCAUCAACAAGUACCCCAAUGUGCCCUGCGGCGAAAAAGUCGUCACUUGUCACGCCUUCGUCAGGAAUACGCCUGAAGAAGGCAGCAAGGUGCUCACUGAUGUCAAUUGCAAACCUAAACCUGAGAUUAUCGUUGAUGAGCCAGUGUAUGACUCACCAACAAACCCAACCGAAGUGAACACAAAUGAACCAACACCUAUUGUGUUAAGCAACGAAGCUGUUUCGUCUGAAGUGGGCGAGCAUUUCGUCGCGGUCAGGAAAGACUCAGUUCCUUGUUUAGGCUGCCCCUUUGACCUCAACACAAAUGCGGAAGGCGUGGAUGAACUAAUUGACGUAGCUUUAGAGCACAUUCAGACGGAACGUGCCAAAAAACAUGCGCUGGUCAAAGUACUCAGAUUACAACAACAAGUUGUAACUGGAGUUAAAUAUAUCCUGACGGCGGAAUUCGCGCCCACACUUUGCGAAAAAAGUGCAAACCUUGACGCGUCUUCAUGCCCAAGAGACACAAAUGCAGAAACAACAAUUUGCGAGAUCACCUACUUGCAUAAACCUUGGAUAAGUAAAGCCAAACACGUGAUCAAAAAUAAUUGUACCGUUUCGCAAGAAUACGUCAGGCCCGAUAUUAGGAAGUCUGAUAUAAGUAAUGAAAUUGAUGUUAGCGGUAAACGUACUAAACUAAUUGACUCUCCCAAUUUUGAUAAAAUGGCAGAAAACGGGGCUAUUGACGAAAUGACACCCUCGCGGUUAGCGGAUUUGGAGUCACAAAUAAUCGUUGAUGUGGAGCCUGAAAUCGGAGCGCCCUCCACUGCGGAGUCACACCCUCAGGUAGAGAGCAAACUUGAGUUUGAUUUAUUUCAAACACCUGAAAGUCUGACGGUGUCUGAAGAUCCCGCAUUUACGGCGGGUGUUACCGUGGAGGAGCCUGCGCCCACUGAAGAACAUGUUUCGAGGUUGAAACGUGACGAAAGUUCAGAAGAAACUAAGAAAGAUUCUUCAAGUGAAUCAGUCGAAACGGCAGCAAACCAAACCAAAGCUACGAAAACCAGCAGCUCUGAGGAAAAUUCAAGUGAGGAGGUUUUAAGACCAAAGAGAGCAAUCCGUCAGUUGGAGAAAAUCUCGCCUGAUGAGAAAGGCUUGGUGAAGAAUUUGGCCGACUUUGCCGCCAAUGCGCUAGACAGCAUUGACGAUGAUAACAACAAACGAAUAAUUUUGCAAAUUUUGGGGGCGAAAAAAAUGGUCGGGGACGAUGGGGUUUAUUAUCACAUUAUCAUGCGGAUGGGAGUCUCGCGUUGCUUGGAGGAUAGCCCAAUCAAUCCGUACGAAAAUUGCAAGGACAAGCUUUUCGAAAAUUAUACGAAAAUUUGCAAAGUCCAGGUUUACGUGAACGAUGAUUUUGGUAGCAAAAAAGUGGUAAAGUCCCAAUGUCAGAACAUAAAACGCGAUAAAAAUGACAACAAUCGCACGAAUUACAGUCGCUAUAAGCGAGAUGGCUUAGGGGCCCCGAAUCGCAUUGAUAAAAAUAGCGAGAAAAUUCGACAAUUUGUCAAAGAAGGGAUUAACGGUUUUAAUGCCAAUUACAAUAGUAAAAAUAACAAAGUGAAGCCAGUUGAAGUGGUUUCAGCAACAACCCAAGUCGUUGCAGGGACACUUUACAAAAUCACGACGAAAAUUUCCGAAUCUGAUUGUUCUAAAAACGAUAAUAAAGAUUUAGAUGAUUGUAAUAUUCUUGAAGGGGCUUCGCCAAAAACAUGCGAGUUGGAGGUGUGGGAGAAACUGUGGGAGAAUUUCAGACAAUUCACAAUAAAGUGUGAAGGGGACGAACAAAGUAUUAAAUUUCAAACAAGCCCUAAAAAUAGAGCUAAGCGUCAAGCUCCCGGCGGAGAGUCACCGGUGACCAAAGACAACGAGUACGUUGUUAAGUAUUUGGAAGCGGCUUUAAACCAACUCGAUUCUGAAUCUCCACACGAGAAUAAGUUUAAAGUCCACGAGUUUAUUUCUGCCACCUCGCAAACCGUCUCGGGUCACAUUUAUCGAAUCAAAACGAAAGUAGUACUUUCCGAUUGUAAAAAAACUGCUUCGACCGAGAGAGGUCAAUGUGGGACCCUCAAAGAUGCGAAACCCAAAACUUGCAAAUUUGAGGUUUUUGAACAAACUUGGGUUCCUAACAGCCGUCGAAUUAAAACUGACUGUGACAAGGAGAGGAGAAAAAGGAAAACGUUGGACGGUGGAAUAACGGAAGUCGAUAAAGACGACGAUGAAGUGAAAACAUUUGUUCGUGAAGGUUUACUCAAUUUGAAUACUCAUUUGACUACAAGUAAUAAAGUCAAGCCUGUAGAAGUGGUUUCUGCUUCAGUUCAAGUUGUGGCAGGGUCUUUGCAUAGGAUUAAAGUGAAAAUAUCAGAGUCGGAUUGUUCCAGGAACGAUCAGAAAGACUUCGAACAGUGUAAUGUACUUGAGGGGGCUUCCCCGAAAUUGUGUGAGAUGGAGGUUUGGGAUAAACCAUGGGAGGACUUCAGGAGGUACACUAUAAAGUGUGAAGGCGAGAAUAAGAAACACCAGUUUACGUUAAAUCCAAACAAGCGAACUAAGCGUCAAGUUCCCAGGGGAGAAUCACCAGUGGCGAAAGACAAUGAAUACGUCAUUAAAUAUCUGGAGGCUGCUUUAAAUCAACUUGAUGCUGAAUCUGAACACGAAAAUAAGUUUAAAGUCCAUGAGUUUAUUUCAGCAACAUCGCAGAUUGUCUCCGGUCACAUUUAUCGCAUCAAUGCGAAAGUGAUACUUUCCGAUUGUAAAAAAACAGUUUCGACCGAGAGAGGCCAGUGUGGUACUCUCAAAGACGCCAAACCCAAAACUUGCAAAUUUGAAGUGUUUGAACAACUUUGGGUACCUAAUAGUCGUCAAAUUAAAACCGAUUGCCACAAAGAGAGAAGAAAAAGGCAAACAUUGCCAGGUGGAAUAAAGGAAGUCGAUAAAAACAACGAUGAAGUGAAAACAUUUGUACAUGAAGGUUUACUCAAUUUGAAUACUCAUUUGACUACAAGUAACAAAGUCAAGCCUGUAGAAGUGGUUUCUGCUUCAGUUCAAGUUGUGGCAGGGUCUUUGCAUAGGAUUAAAGUGAAAAUAUCAGAGUCGGAUUGUUCCAGGAACGAUCAGAAAGACUUCGAACAGUGUAAUGUACUCGAAGGAGCUUCCCCGAAGUUGUGUGAGAUGGAGGUUUGGGAUAAACCAUGGGAGGACUUCAGGAGGUACACUAUAAAGUGUGAAGGCGAAAAUAAGAAACAUCAGUUUACGUUAAAUCCAAACAAGCGAACUAAGCGUCAAGUUCGGGGGGGAGAAUCACCAGUGGCGAAAGACAACGAAUACGUCAUUAAAUAUCUGGAGGCUGCUUUAAAUCAACUUGAUGCUGAAUCUGAACACGAAAAUAAGUUUAAAGUCCAUGAGUUUAUUUCAGCAACAUCGCAGAUUGUCUCCGGCCACAUUUAUCGCAUCAAAGCGAAAGUAAUACUUUCCGAUUGUAAAAAAUCAAUUUCGACUGAAAGAGGCCAGUGUGGUACUCUCAAAGACGCCAAACCCAAAACUUGCAAAUUUGAAGUGUUUGAACAGCUUUGGGUACCUAAUAGUCGUCAAAUUAAAACCGAGUGUGACGGUAAAAGAGUAAAAAGGCAAAGGAGCGAAAAACCACACUCCGUAAGGAGUAAGAGGCAGUCAAUACCUGGUGGAGCAACCGAAAUUGAUAAAAAAAGCGAUAAAGUCAAGCAAUACGUCCGUGAAAGCUUAACUCACUUAAACACUCAACUGACUUCCAGCAAUAAGGUCAAGCCUGUGGAAGUACUUUCUGCCACGAGUCAAGUCGUUGCAGGAACAAUCCAUAGAAUCAAAGUAAAAAUAUCCGAAUCUGAUUGUUCUAAAGACGAUGAAAAAGACUUCGAUGAGUGUAACAUCCGCGAAGGUGCUUCCCCGAAAAUAUGCGAAGUAAAGGUUUGGGAUAAGCCGUGGCAGAAUUUCCGACAGUACAAUAUAACCUGCGAGGGUGAGGAUCACCACUACACAUUCGAAACAAAACCCGGAAAAACAAAACGCAGUGCCGAGUUGGACAAUUUAUUGGGUUGCGACGACCGAGAAUACCAUUUAUCCCUCUUCACUGACUUCCUCAAAAAAUACAACAAGAAAUAUCACAAGAAAGAAUACAAAUACAGAUUUAAUGUAUUUGUACAAAACUUGAUGCAAAUCAGGGUAUUGAAUACCUUUGAACAGGGGACGGCAACGUAUGGAAUUACGAGGUUUGCGGAUAUGACUCAAAAAGAGUUUUCGCGGAGUUUGGGUUUGCGUACGGAUUUGAGGAACGAGAAUGAGACUCCGUUCGCACAAGCUAAAAUUCCCAAUAUUGAACUUCCGAAGGAGUUUGAUUGGCGAAAGAAAAAUGUCGUGACGGAGGUCAAGAAUCAGGAACAGUGUGGAAGUUGCUGGGCGUUUAGCGUCACGGGAAAUGUGGAAGGGCAGUAUGCUUUGAGACACGGGAAGUUGUUGGAGUUUUCCGAACAGGAGUUGGUGGACUGUGAUACGGAUGACCAAGGGUGUAAUGGAGGGUUGAUGGACACCGCUUACAGAUCGAUUGAGAAAAUCGGUGGCUUGGAGACAGAGCAGGACUACCCCUACGACGCCGAGGACGAAAAAUGCCAUUUCAAUCGAACCUUAGCCCGCGUCCAGGUCACUGGGGCCCUCAACAUCAGCCACAACGAGACCGAUAUGGCCAAGUGGUUGGUGGCCAAUGGCCCCAUUUCCAUCGCCAUCAAUGCCAACGCUAUGCAGUUUUACAUGGGCGGGGUGUCCCAUCCAUUCAAGUUUUUGUGUAGUCCGAAAAACCUUGACCACGGGGUUUUAAUAGUGGGUUACGGUGUACACAAUUAUCCACUCUUCAAGAAGAGUCUUCCGUAUUGGAUCGUCAAAAACUCGUGGGGGACAGGAUGGGGCGAACAAGGUUACUAUAGAGUUUACAGGGGGGACGGUACGUGUGGUUUGAACCAGACUCCCUCCAGUGCCAUAGUAGCUUAAAGCUCAAACAUAUCGCAACUGAACAAAUGUGAUAUUUUUCAAUGUCUGUACUUGCAACAACUUAAUUAUGGCGGACGUGUAAAUAAACUACAAACACCGCCGUGAUAUUUUAUUGCGUAAAGCUCUCUCCAGUAAUUUUUAGUGAUUUAUUCAAGCUUUAGUGCUUUUUAAUUUCUUUGUUAUAUAUUUUAUACUAGACAAAUUUAUUAACACUUGUUACUACUCAGUGAUUUCUAGUUGUUUUAUAUCCUUAGUGUAAUAAACAGUUUAUAUGUGA